CAUCAGGUUAUCGGUACUGUCUCACCGCCAUCGACCGUUUCACACGUUGGCCUGAGGCAAUACCGAUACCUGACAUCACAGCCGAGACCGUGGCGAAGGCACUCCUGAGUGAGUUGAUCGCUCGCUUCGGAUGCCCGGUUAAGAUAGUGACCGACAGAGGACGACAGUUUGAGUCAUCUUUGUUUAAGGUGCUGUCACAGACCAUAGGCUUUGCCCAUAAGCGCACGACGGCCUACCACCCUGCAUCUAACGGCAUGGUGGAAAGAUUCCACAGGCAGCUCAAAGCUGCCAUAACCUGCCAUGCCGAUAGCAGUUGGGUGGAGUCACUCCCGUUAGUGCUGCUUGGGAUCAGGACAGCCUACAAAGAUGACCUCGGGACGUCGUCCGCUGAGUUGGUCUAUGGGGAGUCGUUACGCCUUCCAGGGGAUUUUUUCCUACCGCCUCAGGACGAGCCCUACGACAUGACGGACUAUGCAGCUCGUUUGCGUUCGAUGGUAAGUAGGGUCACACCUCCUCCAGCGUCACGUCAUUGCAGUCACCGAUCCCCAUUUGUGUUUAGGGACCUGGCUACAUCUUCCCACGUCUUCCUGCGCGAUGACACUGUAGCCGGUUCCCUAAAACCUGCUUACACAGGACCCCAUGAAGUCCUACAGCGAGGUGAUAAGGUGUUUAAGAUCGUGUUGAACGGUAAGACUGUCACAGUGUCUAUAGAUAGGCUAAAACCCGCCUAUCUGUUGCGCGAUACACAUUCACACACCGACAACACACAACCUCACACUUCACAAACAAAGGUCACUACAUCACACACCAACAGUGACACUCCUCCAUGCACACCACAUCAACGUCACCUCGGUACCGAAGACAACACCAAAACUACGAGGGCGGGACGUAGAGUAAGAUUUUCCGACUAUUAUCGCCCGUAGGACGGUCUCAAGGGGGGGGGGGGUGUAGCGGAGCUACUUUUAUUCAGCGAGAUUAAAAUUACAAUAGAAAAUCUUAGUCUAAAUUUUCUCGGAACUUAUAUCUAAAUUUAUCUUAAAUUAUAAAUAAAUUAUAUCUAGUCUUAUACUAAAUUCAUAAUUAAAAAUCAUAUGUACAAACCUUAAUAUUUAAUAACAAUAAUCAUAUUGAAAUAAUAUUUGUAAUCUCGCAUUUUAUAAUUGUAAAAAUAAUUAGCGUCAACGAACAGCCGAACGGGUCAACGCAAUUUUUAUAUUAGAUAGUUAGCGGAUGACGCAGUGACCCGACCGGCUGAGCGGUAGCCGAGCGUGGCCGAACGUUCGCUUUCGGGCGCCGUUCGGCUCCUGGGCCUGGCCCGCCGCGCCGAGCGACGGCCAGCGCGGCGCAUGCGCAUGCGUUUUCGGAAGGAACAAUUAGUCAGCGCUAAUUCGGUUCCGACGCGAGACGCUUAUCGCUUGACGCCUUACAUUUUUUCUUGUGCCCAGCUAAUUCGUAGCUGCUUAAUUUUGUGUUCGCUUCUUUCCUAUUUGUUACUAUCUGUACUUUCGCUCUCUUCUCCUUCUAUUUUUGUGUUGUGGAAAAUAAACUCUUUUGUGAACGUAAUACGGACUGAUUUUAUUUAACGACCCGGCAACGUUUAACGGACUUACGAUCAUCAUACACACUUCCCACAUACAUAUAUUAUAAUUCUCUUUGGUCUUGUACGAGUAUUGUAGAAGUCUUCAGCAGUCUUGUUUCGACGCUAGAACUGAGCACAUUGUGUAUUCCGCUAGUGUUACUAUGCAAUAAAUUGUUAGUGAAGUAAAUAAGUGUUUCAAUAAUUGAAUAACUGUCUGAAUAAUUAAAUAUAGACCGGUGAUACUUUGCCGAUCAUGUAAAAAAAUAUAACCAAGUAAUUAGUUUUCACUCCGACAUAUACAAAGUAAUUACGUUAAUCAAUGCAGUACUUCUCUGCUUAUUUUUAGCUAUAAUGAUAACUAUAAGUGAAGUCUUGUUAUUGGCUUUCAGUCAACUAGUUUAGUGUUACUUAAGUUUUUAUAGCUGUAAGUCUUCCAUACCUUAAAUAAAAAUAAAAAUAAAAUAAUAAGAAGCCUACUUUGAGGGCACCAUUAUUGCUUUUUCGUUUUUAAGCUAACGUUGUUAGUGCAAGAAAGUUCCAUAUUUUACAAAUAGUGCCAAGGUUUUUUACUUUCCUGGCCAGGCCAUAAAACGUUUUCUUGAUAAGUCUCCACAACUCAGGGACGUUGUAGCUAAUGAAAACAACUGGGCUUAUUAAUAUGCUAUAUGACAGAGUGGUAGACUAAGGUUUAAACCUUCUUAGUAGUAGAGAAC